ACGUGAGGGUCCAGCAGUUUCCGGCGAGGCGUAUCGAGAGAUGUCGACGGAAGAUGGUAUAGAUAAUCCGGCGUUCGCCAGCGAUGAUUGCGCGACCGAGUCGCGGCUGAACGAUGAGCAGCAACAGGUGAGCUUGGAUCACAAGUCGGAGGGCGGUCCCGUGGAGAACGGCCAUCAACGGGCCCAAUUCGUCUCCCAACAGUAUGUCGAGCCCGGAAAGACCAGUCCCGAUCCUCAUCAUCAGAGGACCGAGACGAAGAUCGAGCUGCCCGAAACCAACGACAAGACCGUGGUCGAGCCGAAAAUGAACGGUGUCCAUGGAAAUGGAAACAACAAUGAUGCUAGUUUCCUUAACAACAGCGCGACCAGCGUGCAGAUUAACGAUACCGGAAAGAAAGAGCAGAUCGAGGCAGUAAACUUGGAACUGGUCUCGAUGAGGCCUUACGCGGGCAACAAUCUCCAAACGAAGGGCCAGGAAGCUUGCGAGGUUCCAGCCGAUCCCUACGAGGAGUACUUCGUUCCAGUGAACGAGCAUCGAAAGUACAUCAGCAGGGGUCCCGAGGCCGAGGUUGAAACAACCGUGGCUGGAGUGCGUUUUGAUUUGGGCCCCGGCGUCGGCCGCGAGGGACUCAGCCUGAGAGACCCUGCCGCCGGACUGGUCGACUAUUCCCACUGGCUGACAGCCCUCAGGUACAUUGAAGGAUGCUUACGAGGAGACGAGAGAAAGAGAGAGAGAGUAUGUGUGUGUGUGUGUGUGUGUGUGCUGAUCGAUGAACGAGAUGGUGGAUGCGCACGAUAUUCUACGAAACUAACUCGCUUACAACCCCCGCUGCUCCCCGAGCAUUUUUUCUUUUUCCUCGUCUCUUUACCCGCCCCCUCUUCUUCCCUCUCUAAUCAUCGAAUGACGACACACCCAACGAUGGAAUGCCAACAAGCAUAUAUAUUCACAAGCAUUUCUCGCAAAAUGCACCGGGAUAUGACGUAUUAGAAAAUGGCUAUUAGAGAGUUGGACAGAAGGAUAGAUUUAUAAAUAUAUAUAUGUAUGUAUUUUUUUUUUUAUAUAUAUUUUAUAUUUUAUCCCGUUAGGUGCUUCAGGAUUCACCGAGUAGUCGCUCACACGCAGCAUCAUUAUCAUUGUUGGAGGAUGUAUGCCUAACAGGCCUUUAACAAGCAAAGAAACGAAUUACAACACUACCUCAGAAGCAAGCACUCCCAACACGUGGACACUACCGAUCACGCGAGCAUUCGUCGCGAGAUGAAACGAGCAUGGAAUUCUUUUUCGAGAAUAUAU